AUGGCAGACCAGCAGCAGCCCCAGCAGCAGGAGAUGAACGUGGUCCGUGCCGGUGGCCUCGACCUGCCUCUAGGGUUCCGCUUCCACCCAAGUGACGUUGAGAUUGUCAGUGACUACCUGAUGAACAAGGUACGCAACACGGACUUCACCUGCAUCGCCAUCGGAGAGGCUGACAUAAACAAGACUGAGCCAUGGGACCUUCGGGAUAAAGCAAAAUGGGGCAAGAAAGAGUGGUACUUCUUCUACCAGAAGGACCGCAAGUACCCGACGGGGCUGAGGGCGAACCGGGCCACAGUGGGUGGUUAUUGGAAAGCCACAGGCAAAGACAAGGAGGUCUACAAAACCACAGAAGGGGUGGCGUUGUUGGUCGGUAUGAAGAAGACACUUGUCUUCUACAAGGGCAGGGCUCCCAAGGGCGAUAAAACCAACUGGGUGAUGCAUGAGUACAGGCUCGAAGGCAUCGGCAGGCUCCUCGACCCCACAUCCGCAUCUAGCUCAGCCGCCAACGCCGCUACAACCAUGAAAGCUUCAACUUCUGCUUUCAAGGAUGAGUGGGUGGUCUGUCGCGUGUUUGAAAAGACCACUGGGAUCAAGAAGACGACUACACCAGCAUACCAGGUCAACAUGGCCAGUGCUGAGAUUGAUCAAAAUCAGAACAACAUCCCAGCCAUCCCCGUCCCCAUGCCGCUGCAGCUACCGCUGUCUGUGCCGAUGCCCAUGCAAUUUCCCAUCCUACCAGACUUCGGCAUGGACCCAGUGGCUCCCUACUACCCUAAUGCUGGUGCGGGGAUGCCGGCAGUGAUGCCGCCUAUGGCAGGUAUCGGUGGCGCCGGCGGGCUCCAGAUCAACGAUGCCAUGUUCGGCAAUCCGAUAGCCGCGCCGCCGCAGAUGAACAUCUACCACCAGAUGGGCAUGGAGGCUGUAGCUGGCCAGAUGGACAUGGGGUUGCAGCAGAACAGAUGGGCAUGGGGGCAGCAGCUGGCCAAAUGGGCAUGGGAGCAGCAGUUGCCCAGAUGGACAUGGGAGCAGCCGGCGCUGGCGGCUCUGAUGUUGCUGCACCGGAGAGUCGGCCGUCCUCGAUGGUGUCGCAGAAGGAUGAGCAUGCUAAUGCCGCUGAGAUCUCGUCGAUGA